AAUGUUACCCGCCUGCUUGAGCGGGGUGUUAAUCUCAUCCUGUGUGUGUGUGUGUGUGUGUGCGCGUGUGUGUGUGUGCGUGCGUGUGUGGGGGGAGGCGUGUGUGCGUGGGAGUGAGCGAAGCCAUGUGUCAGGUCAGGUAAAUGUGGUUGCCAGGCCAACGGGACAGUGGCUGGUAAUCAGCCGGUUGGCCGCCUUGCACUUGCAGGAAGCCUGCGUCCUUGUAAUCGCCGCAAUAACGACGCCCAUAUUCGGCAGCGGUCGCGAGCUGCUUACUGGGGUAAACGUUCAGGAUUUCUUUUAGCUUUUUAGGGAUUUACCAACAUCGACUUGUUUCCGCUUAACUGACAGUCAUUUAUUUGGUUUAAGUAACUGGACUGCCAACCAGCCGGUCCUAGUCUAGGAGGUAUAUCUUACAUGAGGUUCUUGAGUUGCUUUGUUGGAACGUUUUACUGUGAGGUAUGUGCUGUGUCUAGAUUUGAAAAAGUCUGUCUCCUCUGUUUCUCUUGGAUGGGACAUGCUGACUUGGUGGGCAGGCUCGCUGUCCAGAGGCAGCUGUCUUCCCAUCAUGCCGUGUUCUCGAUGUGAUCCCAGGGGGUGAUCCAAGCGGUUUUGGGAAGGCCUGUGUGGAGGCUGCCCACCCCACAGCGAAUGUUUGGCAUUCCAGCCUAGCGGAGGCAUUUCCUGUCAACAAGACCCCUGGCAGACUUGCACGCCUGAUCUCUGCUUCCCGCUGCUGUCUCCAUCCCUCUCGAUCCCGGCCUUGCUUCAGCGCGUGCUGGCCCUCGACAGGGAGCGCAGCUGUCAGCGGUAUCUUCCCUCGGGAUGCUCACGGAAGUUCUGCCGAGUUCUGUCAGACUUGUUUGUUUUCCUUUGUGCGGGAAUGCUGCUGUGCCGGAAAGACUCACGUGCCGCGACCCGCAGCUGCGGGCUUGGCUGCAAGGGCUGGGAGGGGCCGUAGUAACCGGACAAAGGCUGAGUCACGCAUCUGAUAGGUUACAGGGUGAUUUGACGCUUCGCUUACGGAAGGCUUUCCCAAGCCUGCUGCUGGAACGUCUAAUCAGGCUCUGAGAACCGGGCUGGGCGGUUCUGCCGAUUCCAAGGUGCAGCUCCUUUGCUUCUUGAAGUGUGGUAUUGCCUGGUGCCGGUCUGCCGUAACUGCAUUUGGCUCAACUUUUAAAAAAAAAGUGUUUCUGCAGAAGAUUUCAGCAGCCAGACGUUCCUCGGGACUCAUUCGGUCAGGGCACCUGAUGAUGUCGGAGAUGAUAUAGGCAGUAAUCAGGGUUCCUCUGCUCCGCAAUACCACAGGAGCUUUCAGAACCAGGGAGCUGCCAGGUUCUAAAAGACUGCUGCCACAGAGGAGAGCACAUAAUUAAACAGAGAGGUGGAGUAAUUAAAGGGAGCGGGAUCAUUUUGGAUCGGGGACAGAGGAGGUUCUCCAGAGACCCAGCACUUCUGGAAUUAAUGACACAGUCUCUUUCUGCUUACUGUGAUGACAUCGAUGUGCUGUUACCAUAGAAACCAGCGUCCCAGUGCAGACGGUUGAUGUCCAGGUGCUGAGUCAGGUGAUGGCCACACAGGUGGAAGUCAAGUCAAUGGAUGUGGGGAGAGCCGGAGGUCUUGGGGGGCGUCUGCAUUUGAGUCCCCUGGCGGACUCCAGCAACAAGAACCCCGUGGAGGGCUCUGGUCCAGGCUCCCUCAUCCUCAGCCCGGAGUCAGCUAAGCCUGUGCCGGGGCCUAAGCCACGCCUCACUCCCAAACCCUACAUGUCAGAGAAGACUGCCACAGUGAGGCCCAUCCUUGCUCCCAAGCCCAACACCAAGACUCGGGUUGACUUGGCCCAACCUGGUUCCCUCAAGUCAGACCUGCCCAGCACCCCUAAACCCUCAGCAUCCCUGGCUAACUACCCUGCUCCAGCUACGAUGACACCCACCCCCAAGCCUGGCCUCACACAAACCCCGAGGCUUCAUGUCCUCAGCAGGCCAACCUCUAUUUCAGCAGAGGUUGGGCCGCAGGGAGCAGACUUCAGACAACCGAAGGCCAAGGCUCCUACUUCAGCAGAGUGGUCCGGUACCACAGAGCGGGGGCAGGCACUGGAGAAGCCAGGAAGUCGCGAGCGGCCCAUCGUCAGAGCCAAGUCCAUGGGCUACCUCUCGCAUCUGGAGCGGGACAGUGCCAAAGAUCAGGUCACUGAGGAUUCCUCAGCCAAGGGUGUGACUUCAGUGAGGUCAGGAACCUGGAAGAACCUUAAGCCACGGCCUAUCUCUGCCAUUUUGCUGCCAGCAGAGGCCCAGGCAGAAACCAUAGCCCCCGAUCCCAUUCCCCGCUGGAAGGGUAGGCGGCCUCUGUCCACGGACCUCACUGCCAAGUUCGAGUUUGUCGGUCUCUCACUGCACCGACGACCCAGCAGAACCGAUGCCAAGGAAAACACUCCAGAGAGGGUCAGUGAGGACAAUAGCAUGCCCUCAGGGAGGGGGGAGUGUGAGAAAGGGGCAGAGUCUGUGACAUCCUCUGUCCCAGAACACCGACCCAAACCCUCCUUGCCUGAAAGGAAGAAUGAGAAGGAGGACAUCCGAGAGGAGGUACGGACAAGUGACGGCAUAAAAAGGAGGAUCACCCUUCUGUUUGACUCCGCCCUCCCGGCCCCAGCUGCCGAGUCCUUGCCUGCUGGGGAGCCUCGAACCCCAACACAGUCCGCUGUGAAUGCGAACACCCCAAUGGGCGUGAAGCAGAGGAUCCAGAAGCUGACCGAAGACUCGCCGUCCACUCCAGCUCCCACUCCGAGGAUGUUGUUUAAGCCCCGCCCCCUACCCCCCGACCUCACCAAACGCUUUGCUGUGGAGAAGUCGGAGGAGUUGAGCUGCUCUCCACCGAGCCCUCAGGGGAGGGAGAUGCCGAAGCCGUGCAGUGGGAGCGACGGGAAGUUGGAUGACCCUGCCAGCACUAAUCCAAUGGAGGGAGAGGAAGGGGAAGACAGGUUCCCUAAUCCAAGUGACAGGCUCCUCCAGGAACGCCAAGAACUAUCAGCUGAGGGGACAAAGGGCGGCAGCCAGACAGAGAGCAGAAUAGUGCCGGGUAUACCUGGAACUGUGGUUCAGACGGUACGAGCUGCCUUGUUUGAAAAUGUGGUGGAGAGGCACAGUGUGCGAGUGCUGGAGGAUCCCACGUUUGCAGCUCGGCCUCGGAGGAGCCUUUCUCUGCGGUACGGGGAUGAACAAGCAAGAGCUCACAACUCGCUCCGUGUGGAUCACAUGUUUGACACUGUGCCUGCUGUGGGUGAGCGGAGAGCAACGAGUGAGCGCGUGUCUAUAGCCCAGUUGGAGGAGAAGGCCAUGACCCUGCGAUCUCGCGGGGAGGUGCAACAGAAAGUUUGCUCAAACCCACUACGUCAGAGGAGAUACAGGGACCCUCUCUGUCCCUGGGCCCCAAGACAGAGCCCCGUGUUCUGA